AUGAGGCUCCUGCUGGCGCGUCGGGCCUCAAGUGGGCUCUUGCCCUGGCUCGUGCUUACGCUGUGGGUGGGGGGCCAAGGAUCGGCUGCGUCGGUGGGCACGUUGCCCAGUGAUUUUCUGUACCUCGAAGCCGUGGGCCCUCUGGAGACGGUUUUCAAUACCAGUGACGCUUGCUCUGACAGCUACUGGAAUGGCGAGAAUCAUGACAGCACGGAUAGCAUGCCCAUUGCCUGGUACAACAGGGCCACCAACGAGACCUACCUGAUUGCGGCUGUCUCGGAGGGCAUUUUCCCCAAUGUGGGACCGACGCUGAGCCAGUUGACGCACCGCUGUGACCGGCUCGUCUUCAACUCCUCCUUCGAGGCCCGGCCCAACACCUACGCCAACUACCAGUGGCUGCAAUCGGUGCACCUCUUUCCCAACGGCACGGCCUUUGGCCUGGUUCACAAUGAAUUUCAUGGCUAUAGCAACAUUACCGACGAUCCCAAUGCUUACUGCAGCCUGGACCGCCAUGAGUGGCCGAGCCACUGCAACCUCUGGUCGACAGGCCUGGCUCGCUCAGACGACGGCGCCCGAACCUUUCACCUCGUGGCCCAGCCUCCCCAGCAUCUCCUGGCCGCCCUGCCCUAUCAGUAUGUGCGCAAUCAGUCGAUCUAUGGCUAUGGCGCUAUCAGCAUCACUUUUCAAGGAGAUGACGGCGUCUGGUAUGGCUACAUUAACGUUCUGGGGGAGGCGGAUCAGGCCUCAGGAGCUUGUCCCUUUCGUACUGACGAUCCCUUUAACCCACAGGCCUAUCGCGGCUGGGAUGGCCAAGGCUACUCCGUGGCCUGGCACAGUGCCUAUGGGUCUCCUCUGCGCAAUGGCAGUGGCCUGUGCACCGUGUACCAGCAGCCGUUUACCAACACGCACCAAUGUCCUCGGCGAAUUCUCGGACUUGAUGGCGUGGAGAACCCGCCCACUUACGUUCUCUUUGGGCAGGGAGGCCCCGACCUGAGUACUGGGGCGCUCUCGUACGGAUAUUCAUGGGAGCCAGACUUUGCCAAGGCCAUCACCAACUUUUCUGGUCAUGCCACGGUCGAUUUGGGCGUUCAGCGCUAUCUGAGCUUGAACGGUCAAGCCAUCUAUGGCGUGGUGCUGGACGACAGCUCGCCCGACUUUCAAGCUGAAUAUGGUCUCGGUGACAACUUUGAGGUGGUAACCAAUUACUCCGCUUACGCCUACAUCAACGUGCGACGUAACAUUCUCCGUCGCCGCCUGGUCUUUCGCCGCACGGCCCCACCUUCUCCUCCGCCUCCAAUGCCCCCGCCCCCGGCAUCCUGUCGCCUCUUCAGCGUGGUUGAUGCAGCUGACGCUGGUUGGAAUGGCAUCUAUGCCCAAAGCAGCAACCGGUCCGACGGCUUGCCAACGUUUGUCAAGGAUGAAUCUCAUGUUCUGUACCGCUUCAUGGGGGUCUGGCGCCUGGGCCAUCCGGAUGUGAGCGUGGCUUAUGUGCAACAGAUGCCCAACACCACCCUUCCCGAGCCGAACGACUGGCGUAUCAUGACCGGCUUGGCCCCAGCGCCCGCAGCAGUCAUGUGUGCCGACUGA